CGUGUAGGGCUGCAGGAGCGGCGCUCGAGCGGAACUCUACCGGUGACCGGAGCUUUAACACACGGGCGCGUGUGCGAUCUUCACCGCGUGAUUCCGCAGGAAUGGCCGCGUGAGCAGAAUCUGCAGCUGAAGCCCGGAGAGUGCGUACACACAGGAGCGCGUGCGUUUGCGUUGAGAGUUCGCGCGCGGAGUUUCGUGCUGCAGGAGCGCGCGCGGGAGCGUGUACUGUGCAGGAGCGCGAGCCCGGAGCCCCGCGCUGAGUCGCGCACAGCGCUGCAGGACCGCAUGGCGCGCGCCUGGGUCGCGCCGCUGCUGCUCGCGCUGCUGGUCCGCGGGGCGCGCGCGCAGCUCUGCCCGCCACAGUGCACAUGCGCGGGGCCCGCCGUGGACUGCCACGCGCAGGGACUAAGGAGCGUCCCGAGGGGCAUCACGAGGAGCGCCGAGAGAAUUGACCUCAACAAUAAUAAUCUGACUAAAAUCACCAAGGCUGAUUUUGCAGGGCUCCGACACUUACGGGUGCUGCAGCUGAUGGAGAACAGGAUCAGUGUGAUUGAGAGAGGAGCGUUUCAGGACCUGAAAGAGUUGGAAAGACUGAGAUUAAACAGGAAUAAUCUACAGGUUUUACCAGAACUGCUGUUUCUUGCAACAACUAAACUCUCCAGACUAGAUUUGAGUGAAAAUCAAAUUCAGGGCAUUCCAAGGAAAGCUUUCAGAGGAGCUACAGACCUCAAAAACCUGCAGUUGGACUAUAAUCAGAUUUCCUGUAUUGAAGAUGGAGCGUUCCGAGCCCUGCGGGACCUGGAAGUGCUGACGCUGAACAACAACAAUAUCUCUCGUUUGUCGGUGAACAGUUUUAACCACAUGCCCAAACUCCGCACGUUUCGUCUACACUCCAAUAAUCUGAUUUGUGAUUGUCAUGUGGCCUGGCUCUCUGACUGGCUGCGGCAGAGACCCCGACUCGGUCUGUAUACCCAGUGUAUGGCUCCACCCUCUAUGAGGGGACACAAUGUAGCCGAGGUUCAGAAGAGGGAGUUUGUCUGUACAGAUUUUGACGAAGGUUCUCACUCUCCGUCGUCCUGUAGUGUCCUGCAGUGUCCAGAAUUCUGUACAUGCAGUAAUAAUAUAGUGGAUUGUCGAGGUAAAGGACUCGCUGAGAUUCCUACCAACCUGCCGGAGACCAUCACUGAGAUACGUCUGGAGCAGAACUCCAUCAAAAUCAUACCACCUGGCGCUUUUUCACCAUACAAACGCCUGAGGAGGAUAGAUCUCAGCAAUAAUCAGAUUUCUGAAUUGGCUGCAGAUUCGUUUCAGGGUCUCCGCUCACUAAACUCACUGGUUUUAUAUGGUAAUAAAAUCACUGAACUUCCUAAAGGACUGUUUGAGGGACUCUUCUCUCUACAACUACUGUUGCUAAAUGCGAAUAAAAUAAACUGUUUGCGUGUAGACGCCUUCCAGGACCUGCAGAACCUCAACCUGCUCUCUCUGUAUGACAAUAAACUACAGACAAUUGCUAAAGGCACCUUCUCCUCACUGAGAUCCAUACAGACACUUCACCUAGCGCAGAACCCUUUCAUGUGUGACUGUCACCUGAAGUGGCUGGCCGAUUACCUGCAGGAGAACCCAAUUGAGACCAGUGGAGCACGCUGCACCAGUCCACGACGCCUCGCUAACAAACGCAUAGGACAGAUAAAAAGCAAAAAGUUCCGCUGUUCAGGUGUAGAAGAUUACCGCUCUAAACUGGGAGGUAGCUGUUUUGCUGACCUGGCGUGUCCUGAUAAGUGUCGCUGUGAGGGAACCACAGUGGACUGUUCUGGACAGAAACUCACCAAGAUACCGGACCACAUCCCACAGUAUACUGCAGAACUGCGAUUAAACAAUAAUGAGUUCACUGUGUUGGAGGCAACUGGAAUCUUUAAAAAGCUCCCACAACUGCGGAAAAUUAAUCUGAGCAGUAAUAAGAUCAGUGAUAUCGAGGAGGGAACAUUUGAAGGAGCUGCUGGUGUUAAUGAACUUGUUCUGACUAGCAACCGUCUGGAGAACAUUCACUACGGCAUGCUGAAGGGUCUAACAGGCUUGAGAACACUGAUGUUACGCAGUAAUAAGAUAAGCUGUGUCAGUAAUAGCAGCUUCACUGGUCUGAGUUCAGUACGGCUGCUCUCUCUCUACGAUAACCUGAUCACAUCUAUCGCCCCAGGAGCCUUCGACACACUCCACUCUCUCUCCACACUUAAUCUGCUGGCCAACCCAUUUAACUGUAACUGUCACCUGGCAUGGCUGGGCGAGUGGUUGAGGAAGAAAAGGAUCGUUACAGGAAACCCGCGCUGUCAGAACCCCUACUUCUUGAAGGAAAUCCCUAUACAGGAUGUGGCUGCACAGGACUUCGCCUGUGAGGAUGGUAAUGAUGAGAAUAGCUGUUCUCCUUUGGCUCGGUGUCCAGCUGAGUGUUCAUGUUUGGACACUGUGGUUCGCUGUAGUAAUAAAGGACUGAAGGUUUUACCCAAAGGAAUUCCUAAAGACGUUACUGAACUAUAUCUGGAUGGAAACCAGUUCACCCAAGUUCCUCUGGAGCUCUCCAACUAUAAACACCUCACGCUCAUCGAUUUGAGUAAUAAUCUGAUCAGCACGCUAUCCAACUACAGCUACAGUAACAUGUCUGAGCUGCUAACACUAAUCUUAAGCUACAACAGACUGAGGUGUAUACCAGCAAAAGCCUUCGACGGACUCAAAUCUCUCCGAUUACUCUCUCUCCAUGGCAACGACAUUGCAGUAAUUCCUGAAGGGGCUUUUAAAGACCUUUCCUCUCUCUCUCACCUUGCUCUGGGGGCAAAUCCACUGUACUGUGACUGUGGAAUGCAGUGGCUCUCUGAGUGGGUGAAGAGUGGCUAUAAAGAGCCGGGUAUUGCCCGCUGCGCUGGACCUGCAGACAUGGCAGAUAAACUCCUGCUGACCACGCCCUCCAAAAAAUUUACCUGUACAGGUCCAGUAGAGAUCAUUAUCCAGGCAAAGUGUGACCCAUGUCUAUCAAACCCUUGUAAGAACAAUGGCACCUGCACCAACCACCCCAUAGACUUCUACCAGUGCACCUGUCCUUAUGGAUAUAAGGGUCAGGACUGUGAGGAGCCGAUCCAUGCCUGCAUCAGUAACCCCUGUCAGAAUGGAGGAACCUGCCACCUGAAGGACGGAGUGGAAAACACUCACUGGUGCGUGUGUCCAGAGGGCUUUGAAGGAGAUGAGUGUGAGAUUAAUAUUGACGACUGUGAAGAUAACGACUGUGAGAACAACUCAACCUGCGUAGAUGGAAUUAACAACUACACCUGCCUCUGCUCACCUGAGUAUACAGCUGCUAAUAACAAUGAGGUGGAGAAAGGAGAGCUGUGUGAGGAUAAGCUGGAUUUCUGCGCUCCAGAGUUGAAUCAGUGUCAACACGACUCCAAAUGCAUCCUCGCUGCACGCGGAUACAAGUGUGAGUGCACUCCCGGUUAUACAGGAGAUCACUGUGAGCUGGACUUUGACGACUGUUUGGAUAAUAAGUGUAAAAAUGGAGCACAGUGCAUUGAUGCACUCAAUGGCUACACAUGUGUGUGUCCUGAAGGUUACAGUGGUUUGUUCUGUGAGUUUUCUCCCCCAAUGGUGUUGCCCCGCACCAGCCCAUGUGACAACUACGACUGUGCCAACGGAGCAGAGUGCGUCGUCAAGGAUACGGACCCUGUGUGUCAGUGUCUCCAUGGUUAUGCAGGGGUGAAGUGCGAACGACUGAUUAGUGUAAACUUCAUCGGUGGAGAUGCUUACGUCCAGGUUCCUCCUGAGCUCCUUACUGAGCCGAUCAACAUAACCCUGCAGAUUGCUACAGAAGAGGAUAACGGUGUGCUGCUGUAUAAAGCAGACAGUGGACAGGUUGCUGUGGAGCUUUACAGAGGCAGACUGAGGGUCAGCUAUGAUACAGGAUCGUAUCCUCCAUCAGCUAUAUACAGUGCAGAGACGGUAAACGAUGGCAGUUUCCAUGUGGUGGAGCUGGUAGUAAGGGAUCAGUCUCUCUCUCUCUCCAUCAAUGGAGGAAGCCCCAAAUCGAUCCCAGCUGUAAACAAACCCAACCCAAGACCUGGCACUGCACCGCUGUACAUUGGGGGUGUUCCUCUUCAGUCCGGUGUAUCCUCGCUCCAGCAGGGUUCUGGUGGUAGAAAUGGUUCUAGCUUCCAUGGCUGUAUCCGGAACCUGUACAUUAACGAUCAGCUGCAAGAUCUCUCCCGAUUUGUACUGCGUGGAAGUGUAGUGCCUGGGUGCCAGCCGUGCCAGCACAGCAUCUGUGUGCAUGGGCAGUGCCACGCUACAGGUCACUCAGCAUUCAGCUGUGAGUGCGAGGCAGGUUGGACUGGUCAGCUGUGUGACCAGCAGAUCAACGACCCCUGUCUUGGCAACAAGUGCAUGAGAGGAACCUGUGUGCCCAUAAACUCAUACUCAUACAGCUGCCGCUGUAUUCCGGGUUACGUGGGCGUUCUGUGUGAUGAAGAGGAAAGUUUCACUCCAUGCCAAGCUCUGGCCUGCAAACAUGGCCACUGCCACGUCUCCGGCCUGGGCAAGGCCUACUGCCAGUGCAACAGCGGGUACACUGGGCAGCACUGCGACAGAGAGGUGGCGUGUAGGGGAGAACGGAUCCGAGAUCACUAUCAGAGGCAGCAGGGUUACGCGGCCUGCCAGACCACGGAGAAAGUCUCCCGCCUAGAGUGUAAAGGCAGCUGUGAGGGUGGGGCUACCUGCUGCUCGGCCCUUCGUACCAAACGCAGGAAAUACACCUUUCAGUGCACGGAUGGUUCCUCAUUCGUCCAGGAGGUGGAGAAGGUGGUCAAGUGUGGCUGUACAAAAUGUCCAUCCUAAAAAAACAAAAACAAAAAAAACAAACAAACAAACAAAAAAGAAAUCCUAGCCUUCCCUUACUUGUCUACUUCCUUUUGUUUUUUGUUUGUUUGUUUAUGUUUGUUUAUAUAAAUGUUUUUUUUGUUUGUUUUGUUCAGUGCUGGACUCUAAUGAUUGCUUCCCUCAGAAGAGAAGAAUUAUUGUAAGAUACAGAACCUAUUUUUUAUUAUGAAGCGGAGAAAAAAGGACAAAAAAUAGAUUUUAGUGGCGUUUUCGUUUUUCUUUUUCAUUUGCAGUCACAAUAGAACUGUGAGUUUUUGUUUUUUGUCUAGAACACCUCAGUGAGAAAAAGGAGGGCAAAUACACUUGCCUCCUUUGAUUUUCCACUUUUUUUUUUUUUUUUUUUACUUUUUUAACUUGUCAUCUGCCUUUUUUUUUACGGGUUUUUGGACUGCAAUUGGCACGUUUCACCACGAUGACUGGUCAAAGUGAGAUGUCACCAUAGAGACGGAUAUUGAAAAAACCCGCUUAAACUUAACAAAAAGGUGCCACUUUGAGUAAUGCCAUAGAAGAAGCAUUUUUGGUUCCCUAGAGCAGUCUUUUUCACCUCAAGGUGCACCUAUUUGUCUUUAGAAAGCAAGAAGACCCACAGGAAAAAGAAUUUCAAUGCAGCAAUGUGUGGGUACCAUGAGAAGUCAUUAUGUAAUAUAUCAUUGAACAUAAAACAUACACAGAUUAGACUAACAUAAGCUUAUUUUAUACCUGAAAUCAGGCAAAUUAACCAUUUUUUUCAAUCACAAGUGCGCGGUUAGAACUUUGGGGAAGUGUAUUUUGUUUCUAAAGGCAAGUGGCAAAAAUAGAUAAAGCUGCUUUGUGAAGAGCUUGUAUUCAUUUUGUUUACCAUUUGAAGAGAGUGAUUUUUAUGACAUUUAUGACAGUAUAGAGACCCACGGACCACCAGAGGGUGCCCACUUGUGGUCCGCUGCCCAGUGGUUGGGAAACACUACCCUAGAGAACCUAGUGUGAAAAAGAGAUGAGAGUGAAGAACCUUCAAUUAAUGUGAAGGUUUUUUUACCCAUUGUUGAGCCUAUACAUUAUGUUGAGUUUCUUUAAACUGUAAAAAGGUCCUCCAAAGAACCAUCCAAUUAAAGGUUAUUGGCCAAAAACAACAAUAAAUAGAGUUAAACAUACUAGAACAAUUACAGUAUGUAGCUACAGUAUGUGCCACAAAAUCCUCAACAACAGAGAAUGAUUGACCAUUCAAGACAGUGAAUUCCAUUAUUUUUAGCUAUUCUUUGCACUUUCUGUGUGGUUUGUGGAUGUUUUCACCACUGCAUAGACUGAGUAUACAGAUGACAGUACUGUAUUUGCGGUGUUCUGUGUAUCGAGUUGUGCUUUCAGGUGCUAUCACAUCCAUAGUGGAGAAGUUAUGGCGCAUCUUGAUGCUGCACAUGAACCAAAACCUAUAAAUCCCAUGUUUAUUGUUCCUCAUAGUGAAAUAAGUUGCACGUAGCUGAUAUUUUCACUGUCCUCAAAGUGUUUGAACGUGACCGCCGUAGGAGAGCGAAGAACAUUGUUUUUAAUCACGGUUUCUAAUCUUCAGUACCAUUAACAUAAAAACCAAGGCCUUAGAUUUCGACACUUAUUUUAUUUUAGAUCUUUUUUUUUAUUUUUGGCCAUGUUCCAUGGAACUUUCACAGCAUCCUGGCUCUUUAGGAAACUGAAACUGGUUUCUCUACAGCAUUGUGCAAAUCAUUUUUUUUGGCACCUUUAUUUUUUUAAGAGUGUGGCAUCCCAUUGAACCUCUUUCUGACAGUUUAUCACACAAACACACUCUAUAUGUGAAGCAUUGUGUAUUUAUUGUAUCAGCAGAACCUUCAUAGUACUUAUACUGUAUUUCCCUAUUUUCCCACAUGUAGAGUUACAAGUUGGAGCCUGUUAAUAUAUAUUAAUUUAUAUUCAUCCUCUUAACAAUGUAGAUCACACCUUAGCUUACAGAGUAGAGAAACUAACAUUGUGUUUCUUCAGAGGUUGGUUUGACCAAUUUACUGGAUUAAAAAAGAAAAAAACAAGUAAAAAAAAAAACAAAACAAAACAAAAAACUAAAACCUUAGUGGUGUUCUAAAUCUUCAAAUGUGAAGUGUAUAUUUUUGUUGAAUAUCCUUAAACUUUGUAUGGUGACAGAGAUGUAUUUUACAUUAGAGUUUAAAUGUAUAGCUUACCCCCCAGCUAGAGCACCACUGUGUGUUAGACUGAGAGAGUAGUGUUAGCUUCCAUAGAAGUCCAGAAAACUCUUUUAAAGAUGUUUUUCCUCAAAAAUCCUUUUAACUCUAUAAAUAGAAAAGAAAAACUGUGACUCUUUUUUCUAAAUGAUACUACUUUAAUACCACCCUCUCCUCCCCUAAUGUUAACAUGUUGCUGCUAAAUCGGUAUUGUAGACCCGGGUGAUGAUGAUGAUGAUCAUGAUGAUGUUUAUUGUAGAGGACGGUGCUCCUUCACUGAUGAGCACAUUAUCUUACUGAUCUUUAAAUAAAAAUGUUCCUUCCUUGUUA